AUGUUGGGUGCCUUGAAGGGGCAGCUGAGCCCUGCCAUUGCUUUGUCGGAAGAAUACGAAUCUCGGCAAAGUCUUCGCAUAAUCGACGAACGCACAGGCAAAGAAUACAAAGUGCCAAUAAGGCACAACACCGUUGAGGCCAAAGGAUUUCUUCAAAUACGCGCUCCUGGGGGACCCCCCCUUCACGUCCUCGACCCAGGGCUGAUGAACACUUGCGUCGCGGGGAGUCGCAUUUCUUUCAUCGACGGUGAAAAGGGAAUUCUCAGAUAUCGAGGAUACCCAAUAGAGCACCUGGCGGAAAAGUCAAGCUAUGAAGAGGUCGUGUUUCUGCUGAUCUACGGCGAUAUGCCCACGCCACACCAACUGGAGGAGUUCGUUUCAAAGCUCGCCUUGCUUUCUGCCAUGCCCGAACAAAUAAAAUCCCUCAUUCGAAGCUUCGAUCGCCAUGCGGAAGGCCUUUCCUUCGUAGAGCCACAGACGGAUUUAGGUCUAGUCGGAAGCUUCUUGCAGAUGAUUGACAACGCCCCUCCAAGCCCCACGAUUGCCAGAGCACUAGAGGUCCUGAUGAUUCUGCAUGCUGAGCACGAGAUGAAUUGCAGUACUGCGGCUGUUCGCCAUGUUGCGUCUUCCCAUGCUGAUCUCUACAUAUCUCUUGCGGCUGGAGUCGCCGCUCUCUACGGCCCAAGACACGGCGCAGCAAAUGAAGCCGCAGUUCGGAUGCUUCGCAGAAUCGCAGCGCCAAGUCACGUUCCUCAAUUUCUCGAAAACGUCAAGCGCAGAGAGGAAAAACUCAUGGGCUUUGGCCAUCGAAUCUACAAGAGUUACGACCCCAGGGCCUUUAUUGUCAGACAAGUGGCGCGAGUGGUCUUUGCAACACUAGGACCCUCGGAUCUCUCGAAUGUAGCUACUGCUCUGGAAAAAGCAGCUCUAAAGGAUGUAUAUUUCACUUCGCGGAGGUUGUAUCCAAACAUUGAUUUCUACAGCGGCGUGGUGUAUACACAGCUGGGGUUUGCCCCCAACAGUUUUCCCCUUCUGUUUGCCGUUGCCCGCUUGGCGGGAUGGGCUGCUCACUUGAAUGAGUAUCACCAGAUGGCGCCGAAUGCGGAAGAAGCCCGGAUGGUGAGGCCUCUGCAGGUGUAUCGAGGUCAGGGGGAGCGGCGCGAAGAAAUCUUAAGAAAGGAACGCGAACAGGUAUGCUUGGCGCCUAACAGAUUGCGGCGAGUGCCUCGCUGCAUGGCGAAGCAGAAAGUCCAAAAGUGCAAACACCCCAGGUUUUGCCACGUAAUCGAAUGCUAUGGUUAG